AUGCCGACGUAUCAGGAGAUGCACUCGUCGCGGCUGCGGCGGUCGAAACAUUCUGCCGAGCCCGUAGAAGCCGCACAGCGCCAAGAGGAGAAUGAGAUGAACGGCCACUUCCACACUCCGAUGCUGCAGCCCGAGGAACCACCGACGACGCCAACCAGGUCGGUUGCGAAACGUAUCGACGUCCCAGCCAGAUUGGAUGAUUCUCGUCGACUAGGGUACACGAAGACGUCACCGAACGCAAGGCACGCCUUCACGGAGGCCAACACCGCCACGAGGGGCCUCGUGCCGAUGCGAAGGUACAUGGCAGUGAGCACCUCUGACAGCAUGGAAAGCGCCGUUGUCUUUCAUUCGCCUGACCAGGCAGCCGUGAGGGUUGUGUCUGGCGUGCUCAGUGCCAGCGAACCGCAAAGCUCCAGCAGCGGCGCUUCCCCUAUGAAGGUUGGCAGCGACGCCGUGAACCUCACCCUCGUGGAGGACGACGACAGCGACAAUCUCGAGGACAGGGGCAUCGAGGACGACCAGAUAGACGACGGCUACGGUGCUGGGGUCGUGUUCGAGCUUUACAAGCCGAUGGAGUUGCGGCGGGCUGAGCACACGUUCAGCAAGGGGUCGCCACUCCCGCCUGCGGUACUGACAAGGCGACUCCCAGCCGGCGGGGUAUCCGGCCGUCGCUACAACUGCUCGAACGGAUCGCGCGAGCAGGUUGGUGGGCGGUAUCCCACACUCUCCCAAAGUUCGCGGCUUGAGGAUAUCCGCAGGCUGCCGCCGCACGGAGGGGAAAUGUGUAAGAGCAGCAACAUCUGCGUCGACAGAACUCGCACCAUGACACAAGAAGACAUGGUGCGCAACAGCUCCGCCGACAGCUUCAGCAUCGACGGGGCUGGGACAGUUUUCCAGAACAGCGGGCAGCCGCAGCGCAUCGAUUCCUCCAUGAACUCGCAGUUCUUCUUCAAGUCGAGACAGCGGCGCAACGGGAUGAACACGUCGGUCGUCCACGGCUGCAGCCACCACGACUCCAUGAGCAGCCCCAGCGAGUCCCCGCAGAUGUCCGCAGACGUCGCGGCACCCACACUGCUGAAUGUCAGUGGCCCUCACCUUCUCUGCUCAGACCAGGUGGCGCUCAUUUCUCAUUGCCGUGGACAGAGCCGACAUACGCACGCGAAUCACCACCUAAACAACCAUAAUCACCGUCACAGCGAUGGCGACGCGGCUGGGGAAGCUGCCAGCCUAAUGGACGGAAUAGUGCUCGGCAUGGCUUCUGUGGACCCCUUGACUGGCGACGGCGGGGCAGGCAUGACGACGUCUCUGUCGAUGACAGACGGAUUCGACCUUGUGCGCACGCCAAUAACGGGGCUGCGCGCGAUGGUGCUCGGGAACAACGCCGUGGAGGAAGAGGAGGCCGCCGAGGACCCCGAGAUGCGCGCACGCCAGGCGGAGCAGCUCAAGCACUUUUACUCAAAAGUGGUGCGGCAGCAUCGCAACUGUGCCAAGAGCGGUGCGCCAGCGGGAGGCAACUCGUUACCAACGUCGGCGACAGGAAGCACUUCGACUCUGCAGGCGCCGCAGGUUUUCCGCAUCAACGACACCGCCGCCGACUGCGUCGCGCCUGUGCAUGAAUUUGGCGCGCCCAUUCUCUCGCAGUCAUCCCCUCUAGGGGAUGAGGGGAGAACCGCACUCGUUCUUGAGAGCGUCGUCGCGAAGAAGUCGAAGAAGCGAGAGAAGAGGGUGAUGUUCAACAUAAACGGCAUGGAGCAGCCGCACACCGCAGGCGGCGGCGUCGCAAACUUGCCCCAUCACGGUACCCCACAACCGACGUGCGCCCUGGUGCCUCAUGCGCCAUCGCCGUUGGCGCUGCAGUACUUCGGCAUUGAAAUGACCUCCAGCAGCGGCGAAGCGGAGGUGAACGACUUGGUCACCUGGGAGUCGCCGCUGCCGCCGGCCUCGCUUCGCAUGGCACGGAGAGCCGGUGACAUGCAGAAUCAGCUGAAGGCGGCAACAGGCACCACAAGGACAGAGACGCUCACCAGCUCCGCCGACGGAGCCGUGCCUGCACUGCUUUCGCCUGUGACGCCGGUGCAAGGUUCACCGUGCAUGUCGUCCUUACACACUCCGCGCCGCGAGAACGAAGAUGACGAACACCUGCUCACCGAUCCGCUCACUCCUUCGGCGUCAGCCAACUUCGCACAGCAGCAGUUGCCGACAUUCGUUCGCAUGGCGACGGCAUCGCCAUCGCCCCCAGCGCCGCCGUCCACAAUUCUGGAGAAGCUGAGCAUCAUCUUCGCCGAGGCACCGCGGAAACGCUGCUUUUCUGGCGGUAAAGCGUCAACGGCGUCCACGAAGCACCGUAAAGCGGCCAUGGCCCUCGUUGCGGGGGCGGGCGACGCCAUCGUGCUGCCGCAAUCCAGUACCACCUUCGUCCCCCCAUCGCGGUCCCCCUACUCACAUCUUGUCCCCCCGAACGUGCUCAACUCGCUGGAGGUGUGCCUGCCCGACCGAGAUUCGUCUAAGAAAGGGAGCUCGCGGCCACGGCACCCACCUCAGACGAGCCUGUGCAUCUCAUGUGCUCAGACAAAAUAUCCGUCGCCUCUGCAAUCAGUAGAGGGCAGCGUUCCCCCGGUGCAGCACAUCAAGUCGAGGAGUACGGCCACUCAAGUCUUUAUGCCGCCAUGGCUGCGCGCUGCGCAGGCUGUCUCAGACCGCGAGUUACCCUCCGAGCCGAUGCAGAAACCAUCGAUCACGGUGCCGAUGGUAGUGACCGCCGCCGCUGGGCUGACUACAGAGAAGCGGAACGGAAAGCUCGACAAGAAAAGCCGGUGUAACUCACAGCAUAGCAGUGCAUCCUCCUUUCCCAUAGUGAAAUCGCAUGCAGUGAAGACAGAUCCUCCACUGUUGCCGACGCAGUCUUCCAUCCGGCUGUUCAGAGAGGAGUCGCCGCGCGAGUGGGCCAGCAGCAAACCUUCCUCCCCCUCCGUCUCUGGUGAUGAGGUGUCGGUGCUGCGGCCUUCCGCCUUGAAGCGGCACAUUUCGAUCCCUCACAAAACCACAACGACUGCGGCGGGUUCUGGUGCAGGUGUCGGCGCUGGCCGCGAGCAGCAAAUGAGCGAGUUUACAAAGGGUACAAGGUCGAUCUCUGGCGAUCCCGACACGACCUCCUCCAGUGCGACCCGAUCGUCAGGGCACGCGGUGCCUAGUCUUCUCGCCAUCACUGUGCCGAGGCACACAUGA